CAAAAACAAGUUUAAAACAAAACAAGUUUAAUCGCUCUCAGCUUUCCGAGAACGCUUACUCGCAAUAACAUGACUGGAAUAAAUCACUUUUACUGAUAAAAUACGUCGCAAACUUUUAUAUUUAUUUAUUUACUGUGUACUGGAGAGGAGCAUUACACGUGAGGACUCUAUCGCAUGCGACAAGCUUACACCAUGAUUGCAACUUGAAUCCCGUAGUGUGAAUCAACCUUCGUGAAUCAUGUCGCGUCCUUCCGACAGCGCGUCAUGUCGAGGUACUGACAUUACUUACUCACCCCCUUCUAAUCUGUGUGUUUUCCCUAGUAGGCUCCCGUGGGGAACCAAAAUGUCAUCAUUAAAAGUUUGCGAACUAGAGCGAAGUUAACCCGAGUCUAAGUUCCUGUCACCGAACAGAAAAAUCCCAAAAGACAGAUAACAAAAGCUUCAUUGUCUUAAAAAAUCCUAACCAAAACAAUAGGCAAAGUUUGAUACGUGACCGGUUGAUCUGCCGCAGACAAUGUGUUUUUUUAUAACUGAAAAACAAUUCCCUCGCAUUGCGAAAUUGAAACUGAAACUGACCUUUUUGACUUUUGUCUAAAGAUGUACUUAGUAAGCAAAACAAGGCUGCUAAGAGUUAGACAGAAAAUUUUUCGCUGAGCAAGUAUUUGCAACCUUUUUUCUACUAUAACAAGAUGUCGUCAAUCGUAAUAGCCGUGUUUAAACUUACAAUCGGUUUACUGGGAAAUAGAUUUAGAGACAAGAUAGCAGAUUCGUUGAAAGAAGGCGACAUGACUGAUCAAAGUUUUCGUGAUUUCAUUGUUCGCGAGAUCAAAGAUAUCAAAUCAAAGCUGGAUGGAUUAGCAAGAAAGGAUUUGUUGGCAAGCAUCAGCUUCUUUAAUGAAGGAAUCAAGUUGUUGUAUGAGGUAUUUGACGAGGCCAGGCCCAAAAGCGAAAACAACAACGCUGUAACAACAACACAAGCUGCUACAGCGUUGGCUUGUGCUGCUGAAACAUUUUCUCUUACAAAAGGAAUGAACAAGCUUGAGGUUGCUAACCUCAAUGCAUCAGCUUCCGGGGUACUAUCUAGGGCGAAAGACAGAUUCAGAGACGCACGAAGGAAAGCAACGGAAGCUUUCGCCAACACAGCUUUAUCAACCUUUGAUCGUCUUCUGGCCAUGCAGUAUCGUGUUAUGGCAACAAUAUUAGAAACUCUAGACAAUCCGGUAUACUCGAUAGCAGCUUGUAGAGUAUGCCUUGAAGAGUUGAAUAGCCUGCCAGCUGUUCAAAAAUGCUUUAAAGUUGAACUCGAGAAAGGGUUCAAGGCUGCGUUUAGAAAAGACGUACGGAGUGACCUGAUCUCCACUGUGUGUCAUACAAAUCGCGUGAUAUUCAAUGUCGCGCUCAUGGUCGACUUUGGUAAUAAGGAGCUGUCAAACUGGCCAUGCGUUGAAAUUAGAGAAAUUAAAGUUUCUCCACUGCAAAAUGACAGAGUGUUAAAAGUUUUGAGGAAAAGAGGCAUGGAGCACUGCUUCGGUACUUUGGAAUUACUGCGGGGAGAAGAUGGAAGUCUAGUGUGGCCAGUAAGCAUCGCUUCAAACAGCCUUGGGCAGUUCGUUGUAGCCAACGGUAACGGAGAUAAAAUGAUUAAGUUUUUUGACAGCAGAGGCGAGUUUUUGAACUGCUUCCCUGUCGUGUCGGAAACCUCUCGUGACGAUGUCUACUGUCUUUGUCAAGUAGCUACUGAUUCGAAUGGCAAGAUCUACGCCCUUGUCGAACUAAAGCCUCAAGUCAAAUCAUUAAUCUUCAAAGAUAACAAUACCGGGGCAGUGCAUGUGUUUGAUUGGGAUUUUCAACCGCUACACAAGUUUUCACUGAAGGAGGAAUUUAGCACCGUUGCGUUCAGACCAUCACUCACAGUCAAUGACAAAGGUAAAGUGUUGAUACUUCUUAUAACACAACCGAAUUACUCCCAGAGGAAACCAACCAUUCAAGUUUAUCAGUCCGAUGGUCGAUUUGUUAACAACUUUGGCGACGGAAUAUUGAAGAGUCCAGUUAAUAUCGCCGCUGCAAGUGAAGGUCGAACACUGGUGACAGAUAAUGGCGAUUCCUGCGUUCACGUUUUUAAUGAACAUGGUGAACAUAUUUUUAAGUUAACUGAUAUGCUAGAAUUCGAAUCUUCAUUUUACACUGCAUUUCACUGGCCAAGUGAACACGUUGUUGUCGCUGGUUUCCGCCCACAAACAGAAGAGCUUCAGGUGCUAAUAUAUACUAUGGAAGGCAAAAUCGUGCGUCACUUUGAGCAAACUGCAAGAGGCAUUCGUUUCCUGGCUGAGCUCACUGUUACUGUCGAAGGACGCAUUGGUAUUCUUGCAAUGUUUAAAACUGGAACUAAAAGUUCCUAUUUCAAAGUACUAGUAAUAUAAGUUCUGUAUUAUUUUAUCUCUUCAAUUAGGUCAAUAAGGUUAGUUUUCAUAUCAAGAAAAUGAAGAAUGAAAUACUUUCUACUAAAGACAACAAUUUUAUUGUAACCUUGUCAUAGGGAUCCUACAAACGUUUGUAAAUAAGCACAAACUGAAUUCUUAGAAAGUUUUGACAGAAAUACAGUCCGACAGGUAGCCAAGACCUUCUGAAAACUGUACUUGAUCGUAGUGAAUAAUAAUUAAUUUAGUAAUGUUUUUAAAAAUUUUUUAAAUCACUUCUUAAGUAUUCUUUCCGAAAAUCUAUCCUUCCUCCGUCCUUUCUAUACAAGUACAGUGAAUAUUGCGAUAAUGGCAAGAAAUAAACAAUCGUCCAAAACGCCAAGAGUACUCCGCGCUUGUAACCGUUUCUACCUUAACAUUGGUAUUUAUAUUCUCCAUACUGUUCUCUUCACAUUUCCUAUGGUACUUACAAGGAGAAUUUGUUUAACAAUCAGGAGUU